AUGUCAGGACCCGUGCCGAGCCGGGCCCGUGUGUACACUGAGGUCAACACCCACCGGCCCAGGGAGUACUGGGACUACGAGUCCCAUGUAGUUGAAUGGGGAAACCAGGAUGACUUUCAGUUAGUGCGGAAGCUUGGGCGUGGCAAGUACAGUGAAGUUUUUGAGGCAAUCAACAUCACCAAUAAUGAGAAAGUUGUGGUGAAGAUACUGAAGCCUGUGAAGAAAAAGAAAAUCAAGCGUGAGAUUAAGAUUUUGGAGAAUUUACGCGGAGGUCCUAACAUCAUCUCCCUCAUAGAUAUUGUGAAAGACCCUGUAUCCCGCACACCCGCUUUGGUCUUUGAACAUGUCAACAACACAGACUUCAAGCAACUGUACCAGACCCUGACAGACUAUGACAUUCGGUUCUACAUGUACGAGAUCCUCAAAGCCCUGGACUACUGCCACAGCAUGGGAAUUAUGCAUAGAGAUGUGAAGCCACAUAACGUGAUGAUUGAUCAUGAACACCGCAAGUUACGCCUUAUUGACUGGGGCCUGGCAGAGUUUUACCAUCCGGGACAGGAGUAUAAUGUCAGAGUCGCCUCUCGCUACUUUAAAGGACCUGAGCUCUUAGUGGACUAUCAGAUGUAUGACUACAGUCUGGAUAUGUGGAGCCUUGGCUGUAUGCUGGCGAGCAUGAUCUUCAGGAAGGAGCCCUUCUUCCAUGGCCAUGACAACUAUGACCAGUUGGUGAGAAUAGCCAAGGUUCUGGGAACUGAAGACCUGUACGACUACAUUGACAAGUACAACAUUGAGCUGGAACCUCGCUUCAAUGACAUUCUGGGAAGGCAUUCACGUAAGCGGUGGGAGAGGUUCGUCCACAGUGAGAACCAGCACUUGGUCAGCCCCGAGGCUCUGGAUUUCUUGGACAAGCUGCUGCGCUAUGACCACCAAGCCCGGCUGACCGCCCAUGAGGCCAUGGAUCACCCUUACUUCUUCCCCAUUGUGAAAGAUCAGUCUCGUGUGGCCGGAUCAGCCAACUUGCCCAGUGGGAAUACAGCUGUUAGCACAGCCAGCAUGAUCACUGGUAUCUCUGCCUUGCCAGCCUCCACUGCCCUAGGCCCUCUCAUUGGCACGCCGGUCCUGUCUGCUGCCACCAAUGCCCUAAGCACCCCGGUGCCCGCUGCUGCUGGUGCCCCACAGUGACACCCCAUCUAAAUCCUCAUCUCUCCCAUCUCCACCACCACCACCACCACCACCACCACCACCCAGCUCGGGUGAAGAACUAGACAGGUGCCAUUCUGCCAGCCCUCACCACAUCCUGUCUAACUCAGUGUGCCCCUGGCUGGAGGACACUGUCGUCAAAGAAAAAAAAAAGUUUCUGCAUUCCUUUCCUUCCUUGAAUGAACGUGUUUACCUGACAUCUGAAAUGAAUGUUCUGUGUAACUGAAAUAUACAGGUAAUCCCUCCAUUUUCUCACAAGCUGUAGUGAUUACAUGGGUGUGUGUUUGUGUGGUGAGUCUGAGAGCGAGUGUUGUCCAUGGCGGAUUUGGGUCUCAGGACCCGCCCAGCCCCACCCUGUGUUUUAGUUUGGACAGUGAAGGCACUGGUCAAUAAGUACAUCAACAGAAGGCAAAAGAAAAAAAGAUGUUCAAGAGGAGCACAUCCUGUGUAGUUCACUACUGCAGCAUUGUCAUAAACAACAUCUGAUGAAAACACUCAGUUUACCUCCCGAGACCAGUCUUUACACCCUCCAUGUUGCAGCAUUUUGGAAGUGUUUGGUGCUGUCCUGUGCUCCAGCUGUAUGUGAACGCAAUGACACUUGAACACUUUCUCUGCCUGAGUAGUCCUGUCUUGCCUUUCUUACCACACCAGAUCACCAGUCUUCUUUUGAUAAUACGACUCCCAGUCAUGUCAUCCAUUAUUAAACUGUUUUGUAUUGCAA